GUCAUCAUGCCGCCUAAGCCUAGUGGUAAAGCCGUCCAGAAGUCUGGCAAAGCCCAGAAAAACAUCACCAAGAGUGACAAGAAAGGGCGCAAGAAGAAACGCAAGGAAAGUUACGCCAUUUACACCUACAAAGUGUUGAAACAAGUUCAUCCUGACACUGGAGUCUCCAGUAAAGCCAUGAGCAUCAUAAACAGCUUCGUCAAUGACAUCUUCGAGCGAAUUGCUGCUGAAGCUUCGAGACUUGCGCACUACAACAAGCGGUCAACCAUCACCUCUCGGGAAAUUCAAACUGCAGUUCGUCUUCUGCUUCCUGGUGAAUUAGCCAAGCACGCCGUCAGUGAAGGAACCAAAGCUGUCACCAAAUAUACUAGCCCCAAAUAA